AUGGCCUGUUCAAGAUGGGUCUGCAUUAAUAACUCAAGAAGCAUGUUUGUGAAGAUUGUUCAUCGUGGUGGCCAUGUAGAACUCCAUGAUAGGCCUAUUCUUGCAGCUGAGAUACUUCUUCGAAACCCGAAAUGUUGUGUUGCUCAUCCAAACGUUUUCAAGCAGCCUUGGGCCAUCGUUGCACCGGACACCACCCUAUUGCCCGGCCAAAAGUUCUAUGUGGUGCCCAUAGGCACAAUCAGAAAGCUUCAAAGACACUCUUCCACGUAUUCCUCUUCUCUGAUCAGUCAAGAAAUUCAGACCAGUCAAAUUGGCAAAGUUGAAGAAGGAGAAGGUGAUUCUACCUGCUGGUUGUUCAUAGCUACUAAUUCUCCAAAACUAUGUUCACCAUGUCUGAAACAAACUGAGAACGAGGGAGAGAAAGCAAAAAUGGAGAAAUUAAAUGGUCACUGUUUGGAAGACAAUUGCUUUCCUUGCUUGUCAAAAGCGAUUAACAAGAUUAAAACCAGCACUGAGGAUUCAAGCAAAGAUUCGAGAUUAAUUUCGGGCAGUUUGGGAUCAUCUGAGACAAGGGUAGGAACCAGGAAGAGGAUCAAGGUUGUUAAUACAAAGGGAUUUCCCAAUAGACUGGCAUGUUUUGAUCAGUCUUGGCGACCAAGUCUAGUGAGCAUCAGUGAAGAAUAG